AUGCCGAAGAUAGGAUUCUACCGGUCCUAUGGCAAGACCUUCAAGAAGCCGCGGCGCCCCUUCGAGAAGGAGCGCCUCGACGCGGAGCUGAAGCUCGUCGGCGAGUACGGCCUGCGCAACAAGCGCGAGCUGUGGCGCGUGCAGAUGGUGCUGUCCAAGAUCCGCAAGGCGGCGCGCGUGCUGCUGACGCUGGAGGACAAGGACCCGAAGCGCAUCUUCGAGGGCAACGCGCUGAUGCGCCGCAUGUACAAGUAUGGCCUGCUCAACGAGACGCAGGACAAGCUGGAUUACGUGCUGGCGCUCUCGCCGCAGGACUUCCUCGAGCGCCGCCUGCAGACGCUCGUGUUCAAGCAGGGGCUCGCCAAGUCGAUCCACCACGCGCGCGUGCUGAUCCGCCAGCGCCACAUCAGCAGCAGUGGCAGCAGUAGCAGCAGCAGGCCUGCAGGGAUGGUGGCGGGCGCUCAGCAGCCGCGCGUGCGCUGCAACGCAGCUGGCGGUGCACUCAGCAACCGCUGGGUGGGCAAGCAGGUGGUCAACAUCCCCUCGUUCAUGGUGCGCGUCGACAGCCAGAAGCACAUCGACUUCAGCCUCACCUCGCCCUUCGGCGGCGGCCGCCCCGGCCGUGUGAAGAGGAAGCACCAGGCCGCCAAGGGCGGCGGCGGCGACGCCGAGGACGACGAGUAG